AUGGGAAGCAGCAGUGCGCAAGCAUCUCAGCAAUACGAAGGAGUAUUACAACGUAGUAACAACUGUCUUGUUCUUCUUCGGCAACUGAGAAAUCGUGUAACACGCCUUCAUAAUCUUCUUUUUCACUCAUCACCUCCAACGAGAGAGACAUGGCACGCAUAUUUUCGAAGAAUAGACCGAGUGGAUAAGGAAUUCCGAGAUUGUUUCGAUAAUCUUGAAAGUUAUGCGAAAGGACUACCUAAUCAACUACCUCAAAUUGAACCUCUCAAUCGACUAAGGGCAGUAUUUCAGGAGGAACAACAGGAUGUACAAAUCAUGGAAACCGUAGAGUCUAUGAUUGAUUGUGAGAAUUGGAAUGAAGGGAAUUUCCAAACAUACGUGUACUUGGGCGAGUUUUUGCGACUUCAACGUCGCCGUCCCUCAUGUAUUGUCCCUCGGCCUCUGUCAUGCUCACAUUGGGCAACUGGUAUGUCACCUCAUGCACAGUUUGAGACAGCUUUUGCUCAGUUCCAGAAAGAGUUAUUGAAGAAUAAAACGGGGAUAUUUCCAACAUUCCUUGAACGAACGGCCGUGGGAAGCAUUGUUGAGUUGCGAUUUGGUGUUCUCUUUGAGAAGCAAAUUGUUUUCACUCAAAAAAUGUUGAUGGUAGAAAAUGCCGGUGUUAUUGAGCAAAUGUUAUUUGUUGCUCCACAUGAGGAAUGGUCAUUUUACACAGAUCUUGGCGAGAAAAGGGUAGAUUUGACUAAGCCAUCUCAGUACAUUGUAUAUCAGAAACUCACCACUCAGGCGAAUCUUCACUUAAUGCAAACCAUAAACACACAGGAAUUCCGAUGGACUGCCCAAACGCUUCACCAACUCAGUAGCGCAUUCGGGAAGUUCCAGCAUGUGUUUGAGGCAACUUGUAGAAAUUGCAAAAAAGUUAUGAAAGAUUUCCUUCCUCCACUCAUCUUCGACUUCCGCAAUUUGAAAAACGCGCUUCACGAGACGUGCCGAUAA